AGACAUAAAGAAGGCUGGGCCCUGCCACCAUGACAGCAGCCACACCUCCGCAGAGAGAAUGGCCAGCAGGAAGGCGGGGACCCGGGGCAAGGUGGCGGCCACCAAGCAGGCCCAACGUGGUUCUUCCAACGUCUUUUCCAUGUUUGAACAAGCCCAGAUCCAGGAGUUCAAGGAAAGCUGGGAUCUGCUCCCAACUGAAGGCCCCCAUCCCACAGGCCUUCAGCUGUAUCGACCAGAAUCGUGAUGGCAUCAUCUGCAAGGCAGACCUGAGGGAGACCUAUUCCCAGCUGGGGAAGGUGAGUGUCCCAGAGGAGGAGCUGGACGCCAUGCUGCAGGAGGGCAAGGGUCCCAUCAACUUCACGGUCUUCCUCACGCUCUUUGGGGAGAAGCUCAAUGGGACAGACCCCGAGGAAGCCAUCCUGAGUGCCUUCCGCAUGUUUGACCCCAGCGGCAAAGGGGUGGUGAACAAGGAAGAGUUCAAGCAGCUUCUCCUGACCCAGGCAGACAAGUUCUCUCCAGCUGAGGUGGAGCAGAUGUUCGCCCUGACACCCAUGGACCUGGCGGGGAACAUUGACUACAAGUCACUGUGCUACAUCAUCACCCAUGGAGACGAGAAAGAGGAAUGAGGGGCAGGGCCAGGCCCACGGGGGCGGGGGGGGGGCACUUCAAUAAACUCUGUUGCCAAAUUGGAA